UCGCAGACAGUAUUCUUACCAGAAGAGAGAUGGCAGAAACCAGUUCUCCUGCAAAUAUCAAGGAAAAGAUCAAUGCAGUCCGAUCAAUUGUUCCAAACAAAAGCAAUAAUGAGAUAGUUUUGGUGUUGCAGCAGUUUGACAACAAUAUAGACAAAGCUGUUCAAGCUUUUAUGGAUGGUAGCGCGCUUCAGGUUCUAAAAGAAUGGAAUAUGACAGGGAAAAAGAAGAACAACAGGAGAAAAAGAAGCAAAUCUAAACAGCACCAAGGCAAUAAAGAUUCUAAAGAUAAGAAUGAUGGACCUGAGAAGGCAUCUCAGGAGCUCCAGGGAAUAUAUGACUGCCAUCUGAAUGGAUGCUAUAAGGACAGCUCUUGCAGUGAUUCUGCCAAUGAGAAAUUGGAAGCCACUUGUCUUGAGAACAAAGGCUCAAGAUUUGUAGAGUCGGUGCCAGUCUGUCUGGAAAUCACAGACAAAGAACAUCAGAGAAUAUCCAUGGAAUUAAGCCCAAAGUCUGUAAAUGGAGUAGAACACUGUGAGUCUCCUCAGUCAUCAGUUCAACUUCAGUGUAACACAGGCAGACCAAAGUCAAAAUCUUCCUUAGUUAAAUCAUCCAACUCUACAACCCACCUUGAAAUAAAGCCAGAUGAUUCAGUGAAAAAAAGAGGGCCAAACAUUGAAAAAUCAUUGAAAGAUUUGCAGCGCUGCACUGUUUCUCUAACCAGAUAUCGCAUUAUGAUAAAAGACGAAGCAGAUAAUUCAGUGAAGAAGAUCAAAGCUGCAUUUGCAGAAUUACACAGCUGCAUCAUAGACAGAGAAGUGUCAUUAAUGGCAGAACUUGAUAAAGUUAAAGAAGAAGCCAGACUAUUUUACAUGGAAAUCCUGACUGCUCGGCAGAAGAAAGCUGAGGAGCUGAAGAGACUGACGGACCUAGCCAGUCAGAUGACUGAGGCACAGCUGUCUGAACUCAGGGCCGAAAUUAAGCACUUUGUAAGUGAACGGAAAUAUGAUGAAGAGCUGGGCAGGUCUGCCCGAUUUUCCAGUGAUACAGAGCAGCUAAAGACCCAAGUCCAGCUGUGUGGAGAGAUUUCUCACCCAAAGAACAAUUAUUCCUCAAGAACACCAUGUAGUUCAGUGCUGUCUUCAAUGACUUCACAAGCAACAACUGGCAAGCAAAAUACACACACCCGAAAAUCCUCUAGUAAUGCCAAGAACUCUGAUAAUAAAACAGCCAGCGCUAAAGUGCAAAGUCAUCUUUCUUCCAAUCCUAUAGAAUCCUCUCCCCAAGGAAUCCCAACAAAUAAGCAGAAUGGGCCUUCUAGCCAGAGACGAAGAUUCAACCCACAGCAUCAAAACACCCGGCUCAAUGGAUCUCUUAAGUCACAAGGUGCCAGUAAUGAGGCAGAUCAAAGUAAUGUAAAGAGUGGUUCCAGGUCUGAACACAGAAGACAGCAGCAUAACAGCUUCAGACCUAAAAACAAAGGAGCUAUGAAAAAUCAAGAGCAGUCCACACCUACAAGGACCACAGAGAAUGUGACACAUUCGGAAAAAAACCGUCGGAAGCAUCAUACACCAGACACCACAGAUCACAGGCCCUUCCGAGGCAGUGUUGGCAGGGUGUCGCAAUGCAAUUUAUGCCCUGCAAGGAUGGAGGUCUCUGCUGACGCCACUGUUCUUUCAGUGCCAGCUGUGACUUUGGUGGCUUAAAAUGUCACAGUGAAGGCAGGCAGAGAAAUUAAAUCUCUUCAUUUUAGUUUAUUGCUCAAGAUGCUUGUUGAAGCAGUGAAGAAAAUAAGUCAGAACACACAGUCAUUUGCUGCUUAAAACUUGUUGGUAUCUUUAUUACUUACUAAUUAUCAGCUUUAAUUCAGUUUCAAGGCUUUGCCCAAUAUGCUCACAGUUCUUUUGUCAUGACAGUACAGAAUCUUACCAAAGCAGCAUUUACUUCUUAGAAAAAUGAAAUAUAGAUUGAAAAAAUAAAUUGAAGAUUAAAUUCACAGUAGCAGAAGACCUGUUGUAGAUAUGUGGGUUAUACCUGUCAACAUUAUUGUUUUUUAGAGCGGCCAGUGUUAGAAAAGAUCCCAAGAAGUUUCUAUGCUCUGGUCUGUAAUGAAAUCGAAUAAUCCUGUAGAACUUUUCUGGACAAAUCUAUACACCUUUCUUUCUGUGUUUGUGUAUGUGUGUGUAUAUAUACACAUGCAUACAUACACGUACAUGCACACACACUGUAUACACUCAGAGUAUUGUUAUAUACAAGAGAAUUUGAAAAAGUAGUACAUUUGAUUUUUGCUUAUUAUUCCAUAAUCUGAAAUCUUUAAAUUCAAGUAUAAAUUCUAUUAAAUAUAUUACAUAUUGGUA